UUAAGGUUACAUUUGUCAAGUACUCGUGUUAAAAAAUAACAACAAAUAUUUUAUUAGUAAUUUUCUAUUUCAAAUUGAACUAUGGGCAAGAAACGGAAUAAAAAUAAUGAAAACAAGCGAAAAAUUAGUUUGGUUUUUGAUGAAACCAAAAGAAAGGAUUUCUUAUGCGGAUUUCGUAAAAGAAAAUUGGAAAGAAAAAAGAAAGCACAAGAGGAUCUACAGAGAAUGUUAAAAGAGGAAAAGCGACGCAUAAAACAAGAGAAUAAAGAAUCAUACAAAAAACUUGUGGUAUCCAGCCGUCCUAUACCUGAUAUUGAGCAGCUGCUUCAAGAAGAAUAUGAAGAUGAAGAUGUGAAUGUUAAAAUUGUAGAACUUUCUUCUGAUACACUUCAAAAGAAAGAUAUUGUCAUUGGGGAGAACAGACCGAAGGAAGCUGUAGAGAAAAAAGUAAAAGCAAAAAUGAAAGUUGAUCUUAGUAAAGAAAUUCUUGGGAUGGCUUCCUCUGAACAAAAUGAAUCUGAAGCUGCAGAGUCGGAAGAAGAGGACAAUGAUGAAAAUUUAAAGUCCAAAAAGGAUGUUAAAAAAAUAUUAAAGAAACAAGCAACUAAGAAACUGCAAAAAAGCAAAGUAUUCCAGAUGAAAACUAAGUUAGAUAGGAUACAAAAUAAAAAAACUCAUAAAAAGAAAGCAAAAACAGAUCAAAGGAAAGAAAAAUCUAAGAAAAAAAAUCACAGGAAAAUUAAAAAUUGAUUCA